GCUGGCCAAUUUUCUACAUUCCCAUUCUCUUUCACUCAGGAAACAGUGCGGUUAUGACUUAACUACACAUUUCAAAUUGCUUCAGAAUUACUUUGAAUAACUUCAAAAUGAAGAUUAUGAGGGGAAAAACAAUAACAUGCACAAGCAUGCUUCUCUGUGGAUUACUGCUAAUCUAUUCCCAGAUGACAUGUGUGGGGGCUGAUGACAUAUAUGUGGCAGAAUUGAUGAUCGAAGGUAAUGCAACCAUGGAUGUGUCUGGUUUCGUGGCUGAAAUGAUAAUGCCUAUCACAGCCACCGUGAGCAUCGUGGAUGCUGAAAUAAUAGCUGAAUGUGAGCUGGUUGGUGAUGAGACAACUUGCUGGUGUGCAGCUAAUUACAUUUGGAGUGACCUGGUUAUCGACACUGUACCUACAUGUUGCAACGUUCUACAGUGUGUGGCGAAUAUAUCUGAUCUCACACCAAUGUGUGUGCCCCAAGUGAACGUUACCCUGUCUGGAAUCAUCCUCAUGCCAGUAGGAUACAACCUUCAACCUGCUCUGCAAACCGCGUUCUCUGCAAUGAAUGGUUUCAACUCACUCACCGUGACAUCGGUUUCUACCGGUCAAAAUUUUGUAGUGAGUCUCAAUGCCACGUUUAGGAGUUCAAUAGUUCAAGCCAUCAUUGCAAGUAUGAGGACGAGCAAUUUGUAUAUCAUAGAUAUGAACAUUACAUCAACAGGAUUGGUCACUAUGGAAAUUCCUAUAGGAAAGGUGUGUUCCUAUUCACAGUACAGACUAAACUGCAGCACAGAUGAAACAAUGCAAACUUGCACUUGGUUGCUUAGUAGCGGAGGACAGUACCCACAGACAGUUGGAAUCGGGACAGAAGUGAUACACCUGCCUUGUUCAAACCAAACAGCAAUCGAUCUUCUAAGCAUCAAUGGGAAUUGGGCAGGAACUUACACCUGUCUACUUACUAAUGGGUCAGUAUCACAUUCAGCCACAGGAAUUCUCGAGGUCGCUCUCUUACCAGACAAAAUUAAUGUCACAAGCAUGCCACAGACUGCAGACUGUUCAGUGGGUACAUCGACGACAGUUACUGUGUCAUGUUCCAUCUUUCAAAGUCCAGAGAAUUACACAGUAACAAUAAACGGUGUGCCAGCACAGAUGUCAGUGAAUGGCCCAGUAAUAAACUACACUAUAGCUCUUCCCAUCGACUGCACAACAGUACAGAUAACAUCAGUCCCUGCUAUUUGCCAGAUUACAAACAGUCUAAGCCAGAUAAUUGUCAGCAAUACAACCAUACCAAUAAUAUACCCUGGAGAUCCGUUUUGCCUAGAAGAUAACGGAUGGCCAAAAACCAAGGGUGGAGAAACAGCAACUAUACUCUGUACUGCAACAGGCAGAGUUGGAAAUAUGGAGCGAAUGUGCAAUGGCACAGUAUGGGCUAACCCUAUUGAUCUUUGCACUAAAGAGUCACUGAAUAUAUUAUGCGCUAUAUCAGAGGAUUUUGAAAAAGGAAUUGGGGCCACAACAGAGGGAGCAAUUGCCAUUUUUGAAAGUCUGAAGAAUAGCACUUCAACUGGAAACAGCUAUGGUGAUGUAAUGGCCACUGUUUCUGUUAUAACCACAAUGAGCGGUGCAUCCACUAGAGUCGCAAUGACUGAUUCCCUACUACCAAAUUUUAUUGAUUCGGCAAGCGUUGUGCUGAACACAUCCUGGAAUUCAGGAAAUACAAACCGUGACUAUAACAUUGCUACAACAUAUCUAUCAUCUGUUGAGAAACUAGUGCAAAACAUUCAAAUUAAUUGUAGUGAUGGACACAAUUCUUCAAACAUCCAACUUCAGAUUUGCCGGAACAACUCUGUCUGCAACAAGACCGUUUUCAACGUAGAAGUGGAAUUGAACUCAUCUAGUUCUAUCGUGAAAACUAUGGGAAUGCAGGGUAUGGCAGAACGUCUCCCAAAGGGCAGUUAUUCAGAUGCAAUAUUUCCAUCCAUAGUUGUCACUGCCGUAGUCGAAAACAAUGACCCUAUAAACAUCUCAAUGGCUUAUCCAAUACCUGAAAAUGACUCUGCUGGCAACUCACCAGUCUGCAUAUUCUGGAACACGACACAAAAAUUAUGGUCAACGGAUGGCUGUGUCCUUGUACAGAGUUCAGAAAACAUGAGUUACUGCGAGUGCAAUCACCUGACCUCCUUUUCUAUGCUAAUGUCCAAGACUCCUGUAAACUUGCCUUUCUUAGACCAGAUAACUUACAUUGGAUUGGGAAUCUCCAUCUGCUCUCUGAUAGUCUUCCUCAUCAUCGAAUAUUUGGUAUGGAAUGCAGUGGUCAAGUCCAACCUCUCUCACUUCCGGCACAUGUCACUCGUCAACAUUUCUCUAUGUCUGCUCAUAGCUGACUGUGCCUUUGUUGCCUCUUCCUUUCCAAACAUCCUGAAUAACACAUUGUGUCUUAUACUGACACUUGCAAAGCAUUUCUUCUACCUGGGCAUGUUCUUCUGGAUGCUCUGCUUGAGCAUGAUGCUCCUCCAUCAGCUCAUUUUCGUCUUCAAUCCACUGAGGAAAAGUGUGUACAUGCCUCUUGCCAUCAUUGUUGGGUAUUUUUUCCCAACCGUAGUAGUGGGAGUGACCUAUGUGUACUACAACAAAAGAACAGAUGUAACCUACUACAGCCGGACUACCUGCUGGCUGACAUAUGUAUCGUCAAUGAAAGGGUCCCUCUAUUCUUUUCUCCUUCCAAUUGGUUUCAUCGUGUUCGCUAACUGUUGCUCAAUGGUGGUGGUCAUUUCAACUCUCCUGAAACCUGCUGCAACCGAGAACACCAAAAAGGAUGACAAAGAGGCAGCCAAGAGUGUCAUCAAAGUGAUUGUAUUUCUAACACCAGUCUUCGGUGGGACCUGGAUUUUAGGGCUUUUUGUGUUUCUGAUGGACGACAACAAGGUCAUCAAGGUUAUAAUCAAUUACGCCUUCACCAUUGUUAACUCCCUACAGGGCCUGUUCAUUUUACUGACAGGAUGUUUUGGAGAAAAAAGGGUUCGAGAUGAAAUUGUGAAACUUGUCAAUUCAUCGUUGGGAUUCAAAAGUGAAAGCAAGUCAAGUAAAAAGUGAAGAGCUUAAAGUAGAGUAGAUCGAGGGCUGGAGAUUUGCCAGUUAUUCAGCCGCAGUACACAGAGCAUCAGACACAAUGGACGGCAGAAUGCUGCAUUCAUCAUAGAAGAUAAUACAGACUCGUUUAGCAAAUAUCUGACACCACUAGCGUUCAUGCUGCAGUAUGUGGCACUUUGAUUCAGCUGAUAUGCAGGUCAAGUUUGAUGGAAAUCCCCUUAAUGACAGCAGAUUUGAUUUAGAUUAUAUCUCUUUUUCAAAGAGCUGAUACUGU